AUGAUUCAAGUGAUUAACACAUUCAUGGCUCGUCUCCUCGGACAACCGGAUCCCCUGCUUCUCAUGUAAGCUCGAAAAGCUCCAGAUUUUCAAUAUCAAUCAUCGAUUUCCUUUUAGCGAUGCUGAAAAUGUCACCGACGAAUGCUUCACGCAAAUUUUCAAAAGACUCGACAAUAAAUCGUUGUUGAACUGCAUGCUGGUAUAAUUUUCUGUGAAAGCUGUCGAAAACGUAAUUUCAUUUUCAGGCGUGUCAUCGAUUCGAAAAAUUGCUGAAAGUCGACUCGUUUUGGGUCGAAAAAGCUCGAUAUCAAGGAAUCGAGGACGUUCUUCCGUCGAUCACAUGGAGAAAGGCUGCUGCUCAGAACAAGUUCAAAGGAAAUGAGGACGGCGCAAUCGACACAACACACUUCCAUUUUGAUAUAAAACAAAUUGUUAGAAAACAUCUGGGGACUUUUUUUACUCGCAAAUCUAUUUUCAGGUGGCUUCCGGUCGCGGAUAUGCUUCAUACGAACGCGAUUUUGCACCGCUCUUUCAGCGCGAACCGAAUCAAGUGCGAACGGGAACGUUUCGUAACGAUGAUUUUCUGAUCAGAAGUGCUGGAAGUGGGUGAGUAAAUGAGCUCAGAGCCAGAUUCUCGCAAUUUGUCCGGUUUAGAAUUCAAAUGGAGUCCGACGGAGGAGCCAGCUGCGAACACCAUCCAGAUGUGACCAACUGUUUCUCCUUCUCCUUCGCCACUUCCUACAUGUUUGCUUUUGUCGACCUGAGAAACUCUGGAAUCGAUGAUUGGGUGAUGGACUACGUGCGUCCGAAAAUCCGAAUCACCCAAAUGGUCAAUCAUCGCCACGAUUGCUCGGCGUCGCUGACUUUUGCGGCUCAGUUGAACGCGCAGGAAGCGACGUGGACGAGCCCAUCCGAAGAAUCGGGGCCGCAGUGCAAAACAAUAAGGAAAGAAUGGGAACAGUGGAGUGGUGAGCUUAAUUAGAAAAAAAAAAGAAUAAAAUAAUUUGGAAUUUUUAGAAGUGAAAUGGGAAGAAUGGACCCUGGAGUUCGACGAUUAUCCUUCCGGACUUCGCCACUUGAUCAUCAAAAACGAGGGCAGAGAUGGCCAGUACUGGAGAGGUUUCUACGGUCCCAAAAUUGCGAAUCUGCGUGUUGAAGUGAUUAUGCCUGAAGAGACGGUGCUGAAGAAGUGGGAAACGCCGUCAGGAACAGAUCAAGCGGAAGUCGAGAGACUGGCCGACGACCCCAGACCGCGUGUACACCCCCUUCAUAGACUCCGUGGCGCGUGGCAAAUCCCUGCCGCUAUCUAUCGUGAAGCUCCGCCUCCGGAUUCUGACGAUGACGAAUAA